AUGUACAUACACAGAAAUACACAUGCACAGACACAUGUACAUACAUACACAGACACAUGUACACACAGACACAUGUACAUACAUACACACAAACACACAUGUACAUGCACACACACAGACACAUGUACACACACACAUACAUGUAUAUACACGCAGGCACAUGUACAGAUACACACAGACACAUGUACAUGCAUACACAGACACACACAAAUACACACGCACGCUACACACACACACACACCCCUAUAAAAAGUUGCAGUACUUCAUUGUUCACUCACAGAGCCAGGUACUGCACUCUGGGGGGGCAGAGAGCACAGCACACACCACUUCCUUUGCUUUCACUGCGCUCAGCUAUUGAGCAGUCUGACGGCUCCCAGUGGCAAUGACAGAUCUGGCCUGAGCUCUGAGCCUGCUCAGUAAGAUGGCCCUGGGGGACACAAUCGCCCCCACCAUAAUUUCCACUUGUCAUUGGCGAGCAGGCGAGUGGAAAUUUCAAGGCCUGUAUAUA